UUCGAGAGCGACAUUCGAGAGUUUGACUCGCACGAGGAAAAGCACUCUGCGAUCCGAAUUUCAUCUGUCACCAGUUGUAAUAUCAAUGACAUUUUACGUGCUGUGGAUGUGUGAGUUGAAGAAUUUGCAGACAGUUGAUUGUGCUACUUAGAAACGAUAGAAGCUUUGUGUUUUGACAUUUUUUUAGGUGAUGUCCGUAGCUGUAUCUUUAUGCGUAUUUCGAAUUGAAUUAAGUGAUGUUUGUACUAUAGAAGCUGAUAAACAAACAGUGCCGUGUGGAGCCAUGGCAGCGGAAAGUGACAAACGUCGAUUCGCACGGGGACGACGUGAAAUGCGUGAUAUUACAAUUGAAACCUACUCUAGUGUUACUGGGGAGGCAAGACCUAGUGGACUAAUUCCUGGUUCAGAUAGCAGAGUUUCGUCAGCUUUGCCUCUUACUGCUGCUGAAGGAGAUCUAAAACCACGGCGAUCAUGUGAGCCUGACUGUAAAGCCAGGGAGCAGAUAAAUUUCAUUUCUGGAAACCCCUUUGUGGAAGUUACUAAGGGUAUUCUUCAUCUAUACAAAGAGGACGACCUAACACCAAUGGACAGAGCAGCCCAAAGAAGCCAGACUGUGUGUAUCUUGGCAGUUCCAGCAACUAUGACUUGUCACGACCUUCUUACUUUCACUGCUGCAUGCCACGGUGACAUACAGCACCUUCGUAUCAUCAGGGAUGGGUCGCCAAACCGUUACAUGGCUUUGCUCACAUUCCGCAGUCAGCAAUCAGCAUCUGAGUUCUAUUCCACUUUCAAUGGGGCUCCUUAUAACUCCCUUGAACCAGAUUGCUGCUGCCAUCUGGUAUUUGUGUCGCAUGUGGAACUUCUUCGUGAAGGAGAGGGAGGAUCAGUUGCCCCGCUGGCUCAUACAGAACUUCCUACAUGUCCUGUGUGUUUGGAACGCAUGGACGAGUCUGUCGAUGGGAUUUUGACUAUCUUGUGUAAUCACUCAUUCCAUAGCAGCUGUCUCGCAAAGUGGGGAGAUAUAAGUUGUCCGGUGUGUCGUUAUAUCCAAACUCCAGAAGUGGUUGCUGAUAACCGCUGUUUUGAAUGCCAUUCUGCUGAUUCACUGUGGAUUUGCCUCAUAUGUGGACACGUUGGCUGUGGCCGUUACGUGCAAGGCCACGCAUAUGAGCAUUACCAUGAGACACAGCAUUGUUACUCAAUGCAGUUGGGGAAUAAUCGUGUCUGGGAUUAUGUUGGAGAUAACUUCGUACACCGCUUGCUUCAGAACAAAGGAGAUGGAAAACUUGUUGAAGGCAGCCCUCCAGGAAAACAGCAGUGUGAUGAAGAGAAAAUGGACUCUGUACAGCUGGAGUUCACAUACCUACUGACAUCUCAGUUGGACUCUCAAAGAUUGUAUUUUGAGGACAAGCUGCUGAAAGUGGAGCAGCAAACACUUGUUGAGGUGGCAGAAUUACAAGAGAAAGUGAGUAAAGCAGUGGAAGAAAACCAGAAAUUGCAGGGAAAACUUCUGCUCCUUUCCCGUGAAAAACAAGCUACAGAUAAAAAGUUGCAGCAAGUUAUUGGAAAGUUAGCCACGACCCAAUCAGAGUUACAGGAUGAACGUCAGAUGAAUCAUGCUCUACAGCAAAACCAGUCAGCAUGGCAGGCUAAGUUUCAGGCCUUAGAGAAACAGUUUAAUGAGUAUAAAAUUGCCAAAGAUGAGGAAUUGGCUGAUGUUAGAGAGCAACUCAGAGAUGUUAUGUUCUAUUUGGAGGCCCAGAAGCAAAUAUCUGAAUCUGCUGAUAGGGAUGAGAUUGCGGAAGGCCGCAUUGUAAUUGGUGAAUCAGCGCAGCCAUCUUCCAAUGCCACAGCAAGUGGAAAAAAGGAUCGCAGAAGAAGACAUCGCUAAACUACCAAAACAGUAACUAUGAAUCAUCAAAAUCCCUUGCUCAUUGAAUCUGUGUAUAUACUAACAAGAAAGAAUGUGACGCAAGUGACCAACAUAGUAUCAUAAAUUUGGAAACAUUUUAGGAAAAUAUAUUUGUUUCCAAAUGAACUCUUUUGUUGGAUCAUGACUUGUAAAGAAUCCUGAAGCAUAAUAAUGUGAAUGUUCUCUAUUUAUGCAAAUAUAAGCUGCACAUGGCUUUCAAGAAGAAAAUCUAAUUUGUAAGUCACAUAAAUGUUUGUAAAUUAGUUUUCCCUCAAGUACCAGUUAGAUUUAAUUUUCUUUUAAGUUUAAAAAAAACAUUGGUUGUAGUGAUUAUGACAACCAACCACACCACUUGCCAGUCUUAUAAAAAUGCAAUUUUUCUUGGAGUAGUCACAUAAUUGUGCAGGUGAUGACACGAAAGACCAAAAGGGGAGAGAGAUUGUGCACCAUAUUCCAGUGUUAUUUAUCAGAAUAAAAUUGGUUGUUUUGUCAAAAUUAUA